AUGGAAGGAAAUCAACGAGCUUCGCAUACCAAGCUUAAAUCAGCCUUAUGGAUUGAUAGAAUCACACCAAAGAGGUCCACUAGAAUGUCUCCAUACAUUCUUGUGUAUGGGAAAGAAGCAAGGUUGCCUAUUUCACUUGAGUUUCCAACCCUUGAUCUAUCUAACCAGCUGGAUAUGAUUGAAGAAGAGCCUAUGACAGCAAGAUUGAUUCAGUUGAUUGAGCUAGAGGAAGUUAGAAAUGAGGCAAUGAGGCAAAUUAAGCAUCAUCAAGCUCAAAUGAAAAGAUAUUUUGAUAAGAGGGCUUCUCCUAGAGUGUUCAAGGAAGGUGACAUUGUCCUGAAAUGGGAUGAAUUCAAGAGCAGGCCAGGCAAACAUACAAAGUUUGAUUCUUUUUGGAGUGGGCCUUAUAUGAUUUCUGAGUGCAAGCAGCACAAUGCCUUACAACUGUCUAAGUUGGGUGGUAAAGUUGAACCUUUCCCAGUUAAUGGGAUUCACCUUAAGCAUUGCUUUUGA